AUGAGCAGGCGCGACAUUGAGGUGAGCCUGUUGAAAGAGGUAACACAGUUGCGUACGUCCCUUGACGCCUUGCGUCGAGAAGCAUGCGAGGGAGUGAGUAUGAUGAACGCCGCCAAUGCAGCGGAGAUUGGCAUCCUGACCAACUUACCCGUUCUCAGCGCUGUACACAAUCUGCGCGCACACACUGGUCGCAUUCGCACAUGCACGUGGGCGGCGUCGGACGAAAACUUACUUUCCAUCGGGGCGGACAACUACAUUUGCAUCUGGGAUGUGCGCAGUGGUCUCAUCCGUAAUAUUAUUGACAUCACAAUGAAUCAGGCUACUGCGGCCGACAGUACGCCAGAUUUGAGCGUUGUGUUCGCAGGAGGUCUCUAUGCUAAUGUCGAGGCUUUUAUUCACCAGCCCCGUCCUCCUGAAGACGGCUAUUCGGAAUACGUAUCUUCGGCUGUCUUUGAGCAUGGGGGUCGAAUAAAUUGCAUUACAUACCUGAAGGAACAUAAAUUGCUCACUGCGGCAUCGGUGGAUGGUGUAGUUAUGUGGGAUAUUAACAAUGUAAAGGUACUUAACAAGUGCUUCCACAACACCGAUGUUUCUGCGGUACUUCCGCUGUCCUCUGACGGUCAGUCUUUUGUCAGUGGUGCAGCUGACGGAGUUCCGCGAGUCUGGGAUAUGCGGCAAUCCAAACCGUUUGUUGGCUCGAUGCAUGGUCACGAGUCCGAGAUCAGUUGCAUGGAGCGGCAUGCAAACGAGCAUACAUUUGUCACGGGGUCUGAUGAUGCAGUGGUCAAUCUCUACGAUCUGAGGCUUGAUUUUCCUUUGGCCAGUUACAAUCGGACUGAUUCGAAGAGCUCGGCUGGUGAUGGACUCACCAGUACUACUAAUAAAUAUUCGAAUCAUUCUGGAAUGGACGAUGAAGGGAACGACCAAGUCGUCAAUGAAGAUGCGGCUACCACGGGCGUUACCGGUGUAGGUGUGUCAACAUCUGGUCGGAUUAUUAUCUCAGGUAGUAGAAACGGAUGCAUAUAUAUAUGGGACAUAUUCGAUUUGAUGUCUCCGGUAGGUGUUCACAGGGAACAUGGACCAGUCAUGGGGCUGAAGAUGGCUCAUAACAAGAAAGGCUUGGCAGUCAUUACAUGGGGUCCAACCACGCACUUGCAAAUCGUUUGUCCAAACUGA